GUUGUAGUAACAUUUGACGUUUCAAAGUUUGACGUUACGCGUUUAUUUGAGGUUAGAUUCACCAAAACAGAAACAAACUAAAUAAUUUCGAUUAAAAACGCAAUUUAAAAUGUCUGAUGAUGAAGCUACAUACGUUAAAAAACCAAAAACGAUUCAUUAUGGUUCAUUGGAAGAAACGGAAAAAGCUAGGUUAGAAUCCCAAGAGGAUAAUAGUCAGGAUAACGAUGUGCCCCCCGUUGUUCCUACUCAAGUACAUAUUUCAAAUGAAUACAUGGAAUUGGAAGAUGCAAUGUCGAAAGAUAAACAAGCUCUUUUGGAGGAGUUUGAAAGACGAAAGAAAGCGCGUUCAAUAAACGUAUCAACCGAUGAUGCUGAAGUGAAAAGAAAUUUAAGACAACUUGGAGAACCGAUUUGUUUAUUCGGAGAAGGGCCAGCGGAAAGAAGAAAUCGAUUACGAGAUAUAUUAUCAUGUAUUGGAGAAGAAGCUAUUAUGCGAAAAGAAGUUGAAGAAGAAAAGAAAUUAUUAGAACGUGACCAAGAAACAACUUGGUACCAUGAAGGUCCCGAAUCGUUAAAAAUAGCUCGAUCUUGGAUUGCUGAAUAUUCGCUCCCGAGAUCUAAAGCUCGAUUGGAGGAAGCCCGAAAUACUUCUAAUUUACCAUCGGCUACGAAAACGGCUAAAAUGCAAGAAGUACAAAAACGAUUUCAAAUGUUAUCGAUUCAUAGUAGUCAAGUUGGGGAUACUAGGCCGAUUUCUUUUUGUCAAUUUAGUCCAAAUUCGCAAUUAAUUGCUACAGCUUCAUGGAGCGGUUUAUGUAAAGUUUGGUCCAUACCCGAUUGCAAAUUAACACAAACAUUAAAAGGACAUACCUGUCAUGUUGGAGCUAUCGUUUUUCAUCCUCAAGCAACAAUUACCCAAGAAGAAACCGCUUGUAAUUUAGCAUCUUGCGCCGCAGAUGGAUCCGUUAAAUUAUGGGACUUAAAAAAUGAGGAGCCUAUUGCGGAAAUUGAGGGUCAUAUGCCACAUAGAGUCUCUCGGUUAGGUUUUCACCCGUCCGGGCGUUUCUUGGGAACUUGUUGUCAUGAUUCGUCUUGGAGGUUAUGGGAUUUACAGCAAAGCGCUGAAGUUUUGCAUCAGGAAGGACAUGGAAAACCGGUUUAUUGUAUUAGUUUUCAAGUUGAUGGGUCCGUUGUUGCAACAGGUGGUUUAGAUGCAUUUGGCCGAGUAUGGGAUUUGCGAACCGGACGUUGCAUAAUGUUUAUGGAAGGCCAUUUAAAACCAAUUUACGGAAUCGAUUUUUCACCAAACGGAUAUCAUUUAGCGACAUCUAGUGAUGAUAAUUCCGUAAAAAUUUGGGAUUUAAGAAAACGUUCGGUAUUGUACACUAUUCCAGCGCACACAAGUUUAGUUUCGAACGUUCGUUAUCAAAGGGAACUUGGUGAUUAUGUAGUGACCUCAUCAUAUGAUGGUUCUGCAAAAAUUUGGACUAGCAGAACUUGGCAACCUUUAAAAACACUUUCUGGGCAUGAUGGGAAAGUUAUGUGCGUUGAUAUGUCGGGAGAUAGUCAAUACGUGGUUACUUGUUCGUAUGAUCGCACUUUUAAAUUGUGGGCGCCGGAAAUGCUUUAGUUUUAAGUUACUUUUAAAUAUAAAAAUGUAAGAAUUUGAAAUAUAAAAAAUAAAAGUUUGCUAUAUAGAAAAUUAAA